ACACAUGUCCGCAUAGGAGAGGACGACCGCACUUGUGACUGCAUUCCUGAUGGAGUCUACCUCCCCAGCAUUCCCCACACUUGCCUGUGCAGAUGUGCUCGCAGCCCGGAACCGUGCAAAUGGCAGUGCCACAAAGAUUGCCCCAGGAAGCAAAAGUGCACAAAAAAGUGCCACGAGAUGUGUGACCGAGAGCCAUGCGACCAGCCCUGUUCAUUGAGGUUUAAGAAAUGCAAGCAUCCAUGCAUCGGUCUCUGCGGAGAGAAAUGUCCUCCUCUAUGCAGAAUAUGCAAUAAAGAAAAAUUAACUGAGUUCCAGUUUAUCGGGAACGAGACCGACGAGGAUGCCAGGUUUGUGUACCUAUCGGACUGCAAACACUGCAUCGAAGUGAAGGCCAUGGAUCAAUACAUGAAGAUGGAAAUGGAAGAAAUCGGGAUGAAGAAAUGUCCCCGUUGUCACACGGUCAUCUGGUCGUCGAUGCGGUAUGGGAAUAUCAUUCGACAACUUUAUCGCAAUGUUGCCGCUGUAAAGGAGAAAGCUUUUGGUGAUCCGAAACAAAACCAAGAUGAGUUUCUGAAAUAUUUCCAAGACUUUAUCCAGCUGGGUGUGAGCUCUCAUCUGCAGCAGGAAAUCAAAUCGCUAGAACGCAGUGCAAAGAGCAAGGUGGAAGAGAUCAAACAGUGCCGCGUGUCUCCGCACCCCCACCCGAUAAUAGAUCAGUUUGAGCUGUUGUUCUUCAAGCAUCAGAAGGAAAUCUUGGAGAAGCUGAACCGCGCAGUGACGGCCCAACAUUACGGCAUCUCCGUCCUGUCUCGAGUCGUUCGACGAGCAAAGACGAUCGCGGAUCGGGUGUUGUCAGGGAGGAGGGGAUUCAACGACUGGGAACUCGAGUCCAUCGUGGGGGAGGUCGCACGUCUCCCUCUCUUUGGCAUGUACUGGAAGCUUCAGGAUGGAGGAGUAAACCGUUUCCCUGAAGCCAUGGAACACAUUCGGAAAGCAGAGGUCCAUCUUCUCAGUCUAGAAACAUUCUCAGAUACCAUGGUUGAAGAGGUACACAGAGAGUUGAAUGCUGCAUCUCGCAUCUGUGGAGAGUUGGGCAUCUCCAAACAAGAGAGAAUCAUGAUAUCGAAGGCCAUGAAUCUUAGGCAAGGAAGCUGGUAUAAGUGUCCCAAUGGACACCCUUUUGCGAACUCGGGGUGUGGGGGAGCCAUGGAGGUAUCCAAAUGCAACGAAUGCGGGGCAAAAAUCGGUGGAACGAACCACCAGCUGCUCGACGACAACAGCCGCGCUGGAGAAAUGGAUUAUUUGCAGUAGCCUGCAUGGUCCUAAAGGAGCUAUCACCAGAGUUUUGACCCCCGUCGGUGUUAGUAAGCAUCUGUUAACCUCGAGAAUAUCUUUUUUUUCUGGUUUGUAGUUGAAAGGCGGGAGGCAUUUCUCCGUUCUGCAUUAUUCAUGUGUCACCUUUUCCAUCUAACUGACCGCUUCCCAAAACUUACGGUUUCCUCAUCAGUUACUGUCGAUUUCUUGAAUGUUUCUCUUUUUUCAUGUAACUCUACCUACCUCUUCUUCAACCGAAAUUGGCUAUUUCAUCCACUCAAUUAGCAUGUCCAAAAUAUCCUCUCCGCCUUUCUGUCGCGGAAUUUGAUGUUCCUUUCUUAAUUUUGGGAAAUUUUACUCAUUCCUAGGGCCUGCGAUACUAUUACUACCGAACCGAAUUAAAUCUAUGCUAUACCUUUAUCAAUGUCCGGGGUGCACGGCCUUCUGUAAUUUUUGAGCUGAUAUAUCGAAGGUAGCCGGUAUGAUUUACGGCAUUGUCGUUGUCGCAAACAAUUGCUUCUGGGUGUCGAGCUUGGUGGAAAUAAAACGGGAAAAAUUGAUACUUUACAGUAUCUGUUCCUCUCUCGAGGAUACUGCCGUAGGUCUUCUGAUACGAUUUCAUAAAGAGGCAUGACGAUUCCUCAAGGGCUGAUUGAGUUUUCCGGUGGGUUUUUUUUGUGGAAAUUUUCCUGGGUUUUAUGCAUGAUGUAUAGCGCUUUAUUUGUUUUAUGCAUGGUAUUUUUCAUAACUGGUGUUUUACUUGUUUUAUUUUUUAUUUGGCAUGUGAUGGUUUCCAUCGUUUCCCUGGUUUGAUUGGCUUUUGGUGAUUCUCUUGGUAUGUUUUUUUUUUCCCCAG